CGUGUUUUCCCGCAGCGCCCCUCUCGCGAGAUUUCACCAUCCUCUCGCGGGAUCUGCCCGGCCGUUGCCCGGAGACGGUGGUGCCGCCGGCCGCCGCCAUGGCACCCAAAAAGAAAGCGAAAGGGAAAGGGGGCAAAGGCCCUGCGGUGGUGGAUGCCUCGGCCCCGGAGAACAUGAGCAGGGAGCAGCUGCUGGAGCACACGGUGCAUCUCCGGGAGGAGCUGGACCGGGAGCGGCAGGAGCGGAACUCUUUCCAGCUGGAGUGUAACAGGAUUCAGAGCUACUGGGAAAUCACCCGCCGGGAGCUGGAGGAGAAGAAAGCAGAGCUGCAGAACCGGGACCGGGAGAUGGAGGAGGCGGAGGAGCGGCACCAAGUGGAGAUCAAGGUGUACAAGCAGAAGGUGAAGCACCUGUUGCACGAGCAGCAGGAGAACCUGACGGAGCUGAAGGCAGAGGGUGUGCUGUCCCUGAGGCGGGCCCAGAAGGAUCACUGGGACCAAGAGCAGGAGUUGUGGAAAGAGAAGCGCUCCUUGAACAUAAAGCUGAAGGAGCAGGAGUUGGCCAAUGAGGCAGCCAUUACAAACCUUUGCCUGAAACAUGAGGAGGAGAUGGCCCGGCUACGCAGCAACUUCGAGAUGCAGACCAAAGAGAUGGAGGCCAAGUACACCAGAAAGAUGCAGGCGCUGCAGGAUGAGAUGGACCUGCGGAGGAAGACGGAGCUCCAUGAGCUGGAGGAGAGGAAGAACACCCAGAUCAGUGAGCUGAUGGGGAACCAUGAGGGGGCUUUUGGUGCCAUCAAGAACUACUACAACGAUAUCACCGCCAAAAACCUGACACUCAUCAACCUCCUGAAGGAGCAGGUGGAAGACCUGAAGAAGAAGGAGACUGUCUUGGAAAAGGAGAAGGCAGAAGUGCUGCUCCAGAACAAGGAGCUGACAAGGCCGCUGCAGGAGACCCAGGAGCUGGUGGCUGAGCUGCAAAAGAAGUUGGUUCACUAUUACAGGGACAAGGAGGCCCUGAUGAACUCCAAAGCCCAUCUGAAAAUCACCCAGAAGGAACUGAAGGACCUUCAGUGGGAACAUGAGGUGCUGGAGCAGCGGUUCAGUAAGGUCCAGGCGGAGCGAGACGAGCUCUAUCAGAAGUUCACCAGAGCCAUUAACGAGGUGCAGCAAAAAACGGGGUUCAAGAACCUGCUUCUGGAGCGGAAGUUGCAUGGACUCCUCAGCCUCCUGGAGCAGAAGGAGGUGGAGCUCAGCGAGGUCUUCGCAGCCUCCAACCUCAGCCCCAGCGCUCUCUCCUUGGUCUCGCACAAGCUGGAGGAUGUGCUCAAUUCCAAGAAUGCCACCAUCCAGGACCUGCAGCUCCAGCUGGCCCGAGUCUGCAAGGCACACAACGACAUGCUGCAGACCUUCGAGGCAAAGCUGACAGCCCUUGGUAUCCCCUUGGACAACCUGGGUUUCCAGCCACUGUCCUUCCCCGUCCCAGGGCAGGAGCUGGGGCAGGGCCCUGCUGGACUCGUUGCGGUGCCCACCUGAUGCCGGCAGCACUGAGGGUCCCACUGGCACACUGGAAGUGGGGCUGUGCCCUGUUCCUGCUCCAUGCCAUUACACAGGCCCCAGUGAGCAUCUUUAGGAACCUCUCCUCCCAAGGGGGACCACAGCACAGCUGGAGGGCUCCAGGCAUCCCACCCACCCCACCAGGCCGCCCCUGGGGCUCCCUCUGUCCUCGCACAAGCGGAAGGCAAUUUUUUAAGACAAGCGUUGCUGUUUGGAGCUUUUAA